AUGACGCCAAACGGUGCCAAGUUCCCCAUCAAGUGGACUGCACCGGAAGCGGCCCUGUAUGGUAAGUUCUCCAUCAAGUCAGACAUCUGGUCCUAUGGCAUCCUCCUGUAUGAGCUGGUCACCCAUGGACAGGUUCCAUAUCCAGGCAUGCACAACAGAGAAGUGAUCGAACAGGUAGAAAGAGGAUACAGGAUGCCCAAGCCCAACAACUGUGAGUGUCCGGACUCUGUCUAUGCGGUCAUGCUGCAGUGUUGGGACGGAGAUCCGGAAAAGCGACCCACCUUUGAAUUCCUCUUUGGACACUUCGACGACUAUUUUGUCUCCACCGAACCCAGUUACCGGGAUGCCGAAGAGUUCUGA